CGCAGAGGCCGAGCAGCCCCCCUUUCACCUCCAUACCCUCUUUCCACCAUUCAUGGGAAAACCUAUAUCCUUCAUACGCUACGGGCUUCUGGGCUCAACGACUUUGAUUGCGAGGGCUGUUAGUACUGUUUUUGCGACUCCGCUGCCUAUCCCUACGACGCACGACAACGGGGGCGCUGCCUCUUACACCGAUUACGACCAUGGACAGGCGCAUGUACUUGCGAAACGCGAGACGGCAAAGGGAGCCAUGUUGGGAGUUUAUAUCAUAGUUAUCGCGGUCCUUGUCAUCUUCUCAGGUAUCAUCGCAGGCUUAACGCUUGGUUUGAUGACACUCGACGAAACUCAACUACAAGUCCUCGCUCGCUCGGGGAACCCAACUCAACGCCGCCACGCCGAAAAAAUCCUUCCGGUCCGCAAGAAUGGGCAUUUGUUGCUUGUCUCUUUGUUGUUGGCCAACGUGGUCGUGAACGAGACAUUGCCGAUUAUCACCGAAAACGCGUUCGGAGGUGGUGUUAUGGCUAUCGUCACUUCGACCGUCCUGAUCGUCGUCUUCGCAGAGAUCAUCCCACAGGCGGUAUGUUCCCGCUACGGUCUCGCCGUCGGCGCGUUCAUGGCCUGGCCCGUCCGAAUCCUCAUCUGGUGUAUGUUCGUCUUCUCCUACCCUAUCGCAAAACUCCUGGACUACAUCCUCGGCCAAAACCACGGCAUGGUCUACCGCCGUUCCGAACUCGCCGAACUCCUCACUUUCCACUCACAGCAAGAACACCACGGCGGAGACUUGAACCUGGAUGCGGUUACGAUUAUGAGGGGUGCGUUAGAUUUGCAUGAGAAGACUGUGGAGAACGCUAUGACGCAGAUUGAGGAGGUGUUUAUGCUGCAUAUUGAUACGAGGUUGGAUCGGGAGACGAUUGAGAAGAUUGUGAAGAGUGGGCAUAGUCGUGUUCCAGUGUAUGAUAUGGUCACCGAUGAGGAAGAUAUGCUCGACGCCGAACGCUCCCAUCAACCCCUCUCACCUGAAGCCAUGGGCACACGUCGCUCUAUCAUUGGCUGUCUUUUGGUUAAGAAUUUGAUUUUGCUCGAUCCGGAUGAUUCGGUCCCGCUUCGCGAGGUUUCCAUUUCGACGUUGCCGACUGUGCAGAGUGAUCUUCCACUCUUCGACAUACUCAAUUCGUUUCAGGAGGGGAGGAGCCAUAUGGCCAUCGUUAAGUUGUCGCCUGUUGGUAUUAUCACGCUUGAGGACGUUCUGGAGGAACUGAUUGGUGAGGAAAUUUACGACGAGAGUGACGUC